AUGUCGCGCCGGCUGCUUCCGGUGAAAGUGAACCAUCUCCUUAAGCAACCUCUCUUAUCAGUCAUGUAUUUACCUGAGAUUCCUCCAUUUCGAAAGAAGGAGUCGCCGGCUCAUCACUGUCACGACAGCCACGGUUCUGUUGCUCCUUCGUCCGCGGCCCCUCCGUCAUCUCACUGCGACGACGGACUCUUUGGUGUCCCUCCUGCAACACCAGAGAAUCUAUCUCACGAAGCUCAUCCAAACCUACCAGGUGUUCCUCCUGCAACACUCGGCCUGGUAUCAUCAGCAAGUGUACCUCAUGAGUCUCCUCCAAGUACACCAGAUGUUCAUCAACAAAUUCAAGAGACCAUGGAACAAGAACUAGCACCAUUCGUACCUUCUAAGGGAGCGUGGUCAAAGCCACUCGUUUUGAAGUUCCCUCCUCCAUGUACACCCCCUGAGCCAUCAACGCCUCACAGCUAUGAUCUUCAGUUGGUGCAGAGUCAGAUUGAGAAUUUUUGGCCUUCAUUGGAGGAAGGCAGCUCGGGGAAAAGGAAAACGAGGCCGUUGAGGUCGAGGAUCCUAAACCAAAAGCUCAAAUGUCUUUCUUACUUUGGUUUGUACUAA